AUGGAGCAGGUCGACUUCACAUCGCUCCCGACCUUCAUUGCCAAGGUGCUGGACACUAUCUGCUUCAUCUGGGCCACCUCCGAGCACUACAACACGCCCUCCAGGAUCAUUGUCAUUCUGCAGGAGUUCUGCAACCAAGUCAUCGAGAUGAUACGAACCUUCCUGAGCCCAGAUGAUGUGCUGAAAGGCUUGCAAGGGGAAGUAGAGGAGGUCCUGAACAGCAUCACCCUGUCCGUGAACGUGCUCAAGGAGCUCUACUGCACGUACGAUUUCUGCUGCGCGAACAUGAAGCUUUUCUUUAAGGACAAAGAGCCUGUGCCUUGGGAAUUCCCGUCAUCUCUUGCAUUUUCCAGAAUGAAUUCCUUCUUCCACCGUGUCCAGACCAUUGAGGAUCUCUAUAAAACAGCUAUCGAGUUUCUGAAGCUGGAGAAGAUCGAGCUUGGGGGCGUGAAGGGGAACAUCCUGGGGAACCUGGUGAAUCAGAUUUACGAGGAGGUCUUUGACCUGGUGAAGGUCUUUGCUGACUGCAGAUAUGACCCCUUGGACCCUGGAGAUUCUAGUUUUGACAAUGAUUACACCGAUUUUCAGAACAAAAUUCAAGAUCUGGAUAGGCGGCUGGCCACGAUCUUUUGCCAGACGUUUGACGACUGCAGCUCUAUUGAGUCCUCUGCAAAG